CUAUAUCCGAGUUCCAGUGAAUAGGAAUUUCCACAGUGCUGUGGUUACCUGAAGUGCUGUGGUCCUUUGCUUUAACAGAAUGUGAAAGAGAAGGCAAUUCUACUGGAUGCAAAUGCUUUUUCUGAGAAAAUGAAAUUUUUCUUAAGUCACUGACGAUGUGGAAAUGAAGGACUAUUGCCGAGGCACACUUAGGCUAUGCGCUGCAGAUGUGAGAGCAGGUUCCUGCUAAAAUCUCAUCGUUAGAAUGUUCUUGGCACAGAUCUGAGCAAGUGCAAGGUAAUGUGCAAAUCCACAGAUAACUGCUCAAAGAACCCCAGUUACAACUCUCCGAGCACUCCUGCCCAGCCUGGGAAGCACUGGUGGCAUGUCUGGAGUAAUGCAUUCAUAGUGGCUCUAGCAGGUGAAUGUCUGUCUAGAUUUGUGCAUACAUAUGUGCACGCGCAGAAAGUUGGACUGUGCUGAUGCCAUGUCAUCCUUUGGAAAGCUUACAGAAUAUUUCAGCCUAAGGAAGUCAAGGAAUGAAUUUCGAUCAGAUCGACGGUGUAACAGAAGGAGUGGCAGCUACUGCUGUAGUAUCACUGAAUGCAGGUCAUUAGACAGAAAACCACAGAGACCUGUAUUAGGAAAAUCACGGACUCUUCCAAGCAUUCCUCAGUCACCUGUGAUAAGCCGAGUUCCUCUUCUAGAUUCAAAGUUGUACAGGAAAGAAAUGCCAGAACAUAAACAAUACAGGAAUCACUCUGCCCCUGAAUAUCAGAAAGGGUGCACAGUGCCUUCUACUGGAGAUGCAUGGCAGCUAGAAGAUGACUGCACUGACUCUAUGAGGGAUCCAGCCCUUCAGCCAAGGCUGUGCACAUCAAUAGAUGAGCCGCCAUUCAGGUCCUUGAGAACUCGGUCCUUCUACAUGAGGAAAAGCCUCUCGGUGGACAACCAUUUGAGCUCCCUGAGCUAUUCUAUUCAUCCGACAGAAACCAAAACAGAGCGAGUCAAAAACAAACUUCGGAGGCAGUUUAGCCUAGGAUCGGCAGACAAGAAGGAUUUAUACCCUUCAAAGUCUGAGAGCAGCCUUUCUAAGUUCACACACCGGUUGUCAGUAAAACAGAAGCAGGAGAAGAGGAGGAAAACAGAGUAUGGCUCGGCUGAGCUGCCAGCCUUCCGCCCCAGGUCUCUGAGCAUUGAAUGGUCUUCCUUGCCUAACAUGACACAGCAAAUGAAAGAUCUGCAGCUGGCACAGACGAGGAAGCAGCCAGGACCGUCUUCCCCGAAUGCUGCCAAGAGGCUCUACCGGAACCUCUCUGGAAAAUUCCGAGUUAACUACAUGUCAUUUGAUGAAGGGAGCUUAGCAGGAAGGAAUGAAAAGGAGAAGCUGCGGAAAUCUUACCUUUUUCAAGGCAAUGCUGCUCUCUUUGAGGCUGUUGAGCAGCAGGACUUUGAUAAGGUGCAGGAGCUGCUCAAGCAGUAUAGUGUGGAAGAGUUGGAUCUCAACACCCCUAACAGCGAGGGUCUUCUGCCACUGGAUGUUGCGAUAAUGACCAACAAUUCACCCAUCGCCAAGACACUCCUGUUGGCUGGAGCCAAGGAAAGCCCUCAUUUUGUAAGCCUGGAGAGUCGAUCCUUGCACUUGUCAACACUGGUCCGGGAGGCAGAGCAGCAGGUCAAUGAUCUCACCGCACAGGUGGGGAACGAGGUGUCCAGCGCAGACUGCUUGGAAAAAGAGAAACAGCUGAAAGCCUGGGAGUGGCGCUAUCGGCUUUACAAGCGCAUGAAUGCCGGAUUUGAGCAUGCUCGGGUUCCAGAUCCACCCAUGAAUGUUCAUCUGUCAGUGGCCAGCAGCACUUCCUUGGAGGUUUCCUUCGAGGAGCCACUGAGUGUCAAUUCAGCUGUUGUCACUAAAUACAAAGUGGAGUGGAGCUGCUCCCCCACCUUUUCCCCACCACUGGGAGAAGUGGUGAUCGACAAGCUGAAAAAUCUACAUAUCACCAUCCAUGGCCUUGUCUCGGGCACACCUUAUUAUGUCCAAGUGUCCGCCUAUAACAUGAAAGGCUGGGGACUUCCACAGGCGUCGGUGCCACCCUUUGCUAUUCCCUCCAACUGGAGAGAAUAUGAUGGGAGGGCUCCCCGGCGAAGAGGUCAAGCGGAAGCUUUGGAUCACCUUCUCAGCCAGGUGAAGAUGAUGCACCAGCACUGUGUCUGUCACGAGCCCUGUAAGAAUCAGGCACAGAGCAGAAAGCAUUCUGUCUCCAAGAGUCUAAAGUAUCUCUUCCACCCAGGCAGCAAAUUCUUAAAGACACUGAAAAGGGGCCUGCAUCUGGCAACAAUAUUCUAUAAAGAUGACAACAUAUUGGUGACGCAUGAGGAUCAGAUCCCCGUGGUGGAGAUCGAUGACAGCUACUCCUGCCUGCUCAUGCAGGACUUCCUCUGGUUCACAAAGGUGUCGUGCAUGUGGGAUGAAAUCCUCUGGUUGCGUCAAUGUGUCACUGUCUCCCAGUCAUCCUGCUCCUGCAUUUUGCAAACACGUCUCAAGAUGCUGCUCGCCAUCUCACAGAUGCAGGGUUUACUGGGAAUCCAGGAUUUGGGACAGGUCUUUUUUGAACCCAUCAAAGACAAGCAGGGAAACAUUUUGUUGGUGACCCUAAAGGAAGUGAAGACAAACCAGACUUUUGAAAGUGUCCGCUGGAUUCCCGUCUCAAAACUGCAGACAAGCCGCAAGUCCAUCUCAUCUCCAGAAGAGCCUACAGCUCUGGAUGUACUGCUUAUGGCUUUGCAGGACAAGUUGGCCUAUCACCAGCGAAGCAGCCAGGCUCUCCCACCUGGCCUGUAUCUGGGUUACCUGAAGCUCUGCAGUGCUGUUGACCAGAUACGGGUUUUGGUGCCUGAACAGCUACCCAAUAUCUUAUGCCACGUGAAGAUACGGAACAACCCAAACAUCUCCAGGGAGGAAUGGGAGUGGCUGCAAAACCUGGCCCGCAUGGAGGAACCCAGUCCCACAGAGCAAGAGAUGGACCCCACCUACAACCUGUUGCUUCAGGAGCUCCAAGAGGCAACCAAAGAACUGAUGCAGCAGGUCAACAUCCCACUGCAUGAGGCCAAAAAUUUCCGUCUGUACAGUCAGGAAGUUCUGGACUUCGGAGGACAAGUCUCAUUUCUUCUGCUUCUGCCUCCCUCUGAUGAUGUGUGCACGGCCCCCGGCCAGAACGACCCUUACUCUCCUCAAUCUGGCUUUCUCACACUCCCUCUUCAGAUAUUUGAGCUAGUUCAUUUUUCCACAUAUGACCAGGAGUUCAUUCGCCAGUAUUGCCAAGUGUCUGCCCUCUUGGAGCUCGAGUCUCUGCUGUCGCAGCAGAGCCUUCGGGAGGCCUUCUCGGACUUGGAACUCACGACCGCCAAGCAGAGACACCACCAGAUUCAGGACCAUAUGCAGCAAAUGGAGGAGAUAUGGAAGGAAAUGCGUUGGCUGAUGGAUGCGCUGCAGCACGCCCGAUACAAGCAGCCAUCUUGUGGCAUUUCACUCACAUUCUUCAUUGAAGAGUCCAGUGCUGCACCGAAGGGGGAAGCUCUGCCAGCCUCUUCCCAUUUGGAUUUUCUUCCUUCACCUACCCCGUCUCCCGAAGCAAGCCGCAAGUUCAACUCCGAUUCGCAUGGAAUCUCUGAUGAAGAGGGCUCAUUAGAAGUAUUCUUGGCUACAGACAGCGACUAUGAUUCCAGCAGAGCCCAAAGCCCCCAAGAGCCUGACCUCAUUUCCUCUUCUUCUGGGCCAAAAUGCUGCAGUAGAAAAAGUUCCUGUCCUUUGAGGGACAGCGUCCCUAAUGUUCUGCAGAGCCAUGAGCUGAAGAGGGCCCCAGUUCCUCUAGAGGAGCCCCAGCCUCCCCCUGAACUCUAUGAUAGUGACUUUGUGCUUCCUAGUCGACAAAUCGAACUGCUGCGUAUUACAGAGAAGCGGCAGGCCUACUGUGUUCGCACCAGUAGCCUGGAUUUCCCCAAACCGCUCUGUCAUGGGGCCAGAAAGUCUUGCCCUGGCUCAGUUGACAGCUCUCCAACAGAAAGCAGAACUGCGGGACGUUGCAGCCCUUUGAGAUUUGGGAUAGGGUCAGCAUUCAGCCCCAAGCACGGCUGGCUUGCAGAAAACUCUGAACCUGUCUUUCGGACACGCUCAAUGGAAUGGACUCACACCUUCCAGGAGCCACCUGAGCCACCACGUGUAGCAAACCAGGGGAAGUCAUCAGGCUCCUUCACCUUACAUGUGUGCCCUCAGUAUGAAACGGGGCUCUCCAAAGAAACAAAUGUCAAGCUGCACAUAACCAACAAGAUGUCGGCAGAGGAUGUGGUGAAGCUUGUAGUGCAGGAGAUGAACGAGGUUUCACGUGAUGUCCUCGGAAACACAGGUGCUUUUUGCUACAGCGAAGAACAAUUGGACCACUUUGGACUCGUGUUCAUAUUAGAUGAUGUGGAGCAGUGGCUUCCAAACGACUUCCUGCCCCUCACACUUCAAAAGGCUUGGCCUGAGGGGAGGUUUUGUGUUCGGAUCAAAGAGACCUCCCCCCUCUUGUUUCAAUAUGGGGCAGCCACAACGGUAUGAAAAAGAAGGCACAGCAGGAAGGAGAGAAGAACAUCCAGCUUCCAGUGAGCAGACAGCUCGUCAUCAAUGCUUCCUUCUUGAAAAGACCCUUUUGCGCCAAACACCACAGACCAAUAUAGGAACCUAUUGAGCAGUGUGUUACCUUUCUGUAUGUGUGUGUGUGUGUGUGUGUGUGUGUGUGUGUGUGUGUUUUAUUUUAACCAAAGAGACUUUGAGAUAUGGUUGUUAUGAUUCCAAGAAAUAAGGAUGUAGUCCUGGAGCCUUAAGGAUACAGAAUUAAAUUUUUAAAGUUAUUUUCAGCAAGGGAGAAGAGCUGGUUAGGGAUCAAGAAGCAAUACAUAAUUAUAUUUUUUCAUUCUGAAUAUUGAAGGAGGGAGGGGGAGGGGAUAGGUGAUUGAAAGAAAAACCACCUUGAUUCUGGCUGGAAUGGUCCCAGAGUCAGGGCCGAGAGAGAGAGAGAGAGAGAGAGAGAGGCUCAGGAAGUUCACCAAGACUAAACGUCCUGUUAAUGUUUUUUGUUUCACUGUACCUGGAGAAAUGAAGAAAAGCACAUUGUUCUAAGAUCAAACUUUUUUUCCCAUUUUUAAAAAAAUAUCCUUUAAAUAAUCACAAUUUGUAAUGUUGCAAAAAAGUCUGAGAAUCUGAAGUCCUUUCCCUCUAAGGAGCACAGAGGCCAGUCUUGAUAUCUGGGAUGAAGCAUCCUCUUGGUAGAACGACUAAAUCAACCUUUGAUCUCACCAGGAAAACAACUUCUUCCAUUGCAUAGUUACUGUAUUUUGAGGGCAGAAGUUGGCUUUUUUUGGGGGGGGGGACUCUAAAGAGCUCUGUAUUCCUUUAAGAAAGGGGUGGGAAGUGGUUGACCAGGCAGUUGAGGGCUCCACACCUAAAAGAGAAUAAUGCCUAAAGAGGAGGAGUGGGAAUUAGAAAAUCAAUAGCAAAAUAGAUAAGGUGAAAUAGAUAAAAAUAGCUAAGAUGCUCCCAACAAGUUCGUGGUUACAGUUACUGAUAGCUCUGGUAUUAUUAUUAAUUGUUUUCAGAGAGUGACUGGGGGCCUCAUACCCAAAGCAACCAGGGCCUAAAGAUAAAUGGCAGGACCUACAGUAGUGGAAAAAAACAGAAGCUAGAUAGAAAUAGUUAUGAUAUGUAAAGAUAAAUUAUUAUUAUUAUUACAUCUAUUGGAGCUGCUAAUAGCAUUGCUGAAUGUUUUAGAGUGCUAUCUUCUGUUGUUUCAACAUUCCCCCUAAAUCAACUCAGAUAUAAAUAAAUAGCAAUUAAUAUUAAAGAAUAAUUUUAUUUCAUUAAGAUUAUGUAUAUUAUUUAAACCUCCCACCCCAAAACCAGUCAGACUUGUGUAAAAACAUUCAUUCCAAUUAUUUUUAAAAAAAUAUAAACAUUAUUUAAACUUGCUUUUACUUUAAACUUCUUACAAGGCUGAAAACAGAAAGCUCUGACCAAAGCUAUUCUGUUUCCCUGAAAAUAAGGCCUAAUCUGAAAAUAAGCCCUAGUAGGAUUUUUCAGGAUGCUCGUCAUAUAAG